CAACAACAAGGAAGGUAUUUUCUUUUUUUAAGGAAGGAUAUGACUGAGCACAAAUAAAAACUCGUAUCUCUGUAAGAGAAAAGGAAAACUGUUACCGAUUUGCAGAAACCAUGCGUGCUUUAUUCGUUUUUGUCCCAUGGAUUGCUUUUCUGUACCAAAGAGAAAAUGUGAUGUGUGAAGUCAGAGGGUACACAUGGUUUGAAGCGCAGGAAAUAUGUAGAGGGAACAACAGCGUACUUAUUAGAAAAGCUAUGCAUAAUUCAUCAGAUUAUUUCUGGAUUGGAAAUUAUCGACGGAAGUCGACCUGGAUAAAAAUAUCAGGAUGCUAUCCAGAAAGGGCACUUCAGACGUUUUCAAUGAGUUAUGAUAUGCAAAAACUACCCUCUGCAGGAUUUUGUCAAGAAAUAUGCUUGUCUGUCAACAAGACCGUUUUUGCAAUAAAGGGAUCCGAAUGCAAAUGUUUACAAAAUCCUCUGAAUUUGAAUGAAGAACAACCAUCAGAGACAUGUAAUGUUACAUGUAAUAUCGGAGCUGAUGACCAUUAUUUUGACGAAUGUGGUGGACAAAGGGCUUAUUCAGUAUUUCAGUCAGCUGGUAAUAGAACUCUUUUAAUACAUGCACAUUAUUUAUUUUUAACUAGCUAAGUUAUACAAUUUACCACGAUGAAUUAAAUUUCAGCUUUUUUGACAUUAUAG